AUGACCCAAUCAACUGUGGCCGAGGACCCGUUGCUAGUUACGGAUUUACAAUUAUUGCUUUUGGACCUUGAGGGAACUCUCAACCGCACUGCUGCAGAGUUGCGUCAUUUGGUCCCAUCUUUUUCUUCUCUCGAUGAUGAUGAUAAUAAUGAUAAUAACAACAAUAAUACCAAUACUAACAAUAAGAACAAUCAUGACUGUACAGAGAAUCUGGUGAGUUCUACAUUUACAUCUGAAGAUAUUGUAGGACCAAUAAAGGAACUACAAAAGUAUGUGGAGGCAUGUGAGGCCUCUAUUAAUAGUCGAUUGACUCAAGUACGCCAUCAAGUGGAACUCGCCGUAAAUGUUUCCAGAACAUAUCAAAGAAUGUUUCCCAAUUGCCAGAGUAAAUUGCUUGCGGCUGCUGCCACUCAUGGCCCCAGCGGUCUUCCUGCGGCGGCAAAUCAGGUAUCUAGGGGUGUGAGUAUAUGUAAUGAGAGUGUGCGGUAUUAUCUCUCACGUUUUGUACGUUGGGAUCCAUUGGAGUUUGAUAGGGUCACGAAUGCCGUUGCGGCUAUUGCAGAAGAAGCCCAUCGACAAGGUUUAUCAAGUGUUGGUGCGGAUAUGCAAUCUCAACAUUUUAAUACAGGAAUACAAUCAUCAUUUUCGGAUACUUCUUUUACUAUUCCAUCAGGGGCUUUUGCUUCUCAUUAUAAUAUGCCAGGGGCAACAGGAUCAACAACAAUAGUAGGAGUAGGAGGAAAUCAACAACAAAGUAGACGAAGUUUAAAUACUAUAAUAGAUCGAUUGGUAUUACGACAAUUACAGUAUGAUGGUAUUCGUUUAACUACUUCUAUGGAAAUGGAACUUGGAUGUUAUGAUGGAAUGACAACUGUGUAUGUCUCAGACUCGGAAUCCGUUUCGGAUAAUAUUCCAUUUGAUAUUGCCAUUCCACAAGAAAUAAGACGUGGACUUAUGCAACCGCUUGUCGAUCAUGAUGAUAGUGAUACAAAUUUACAACAAGUCAUACAUAAUACACAUCCACGUACAUUACAGUGGAUUUCAGGUAUAUUGGAUCUUUGCUCAAGAUGUAGUCCUGAUGGUUUUCCAAAUGCAUGGAAUGUAAAUAACGCCUUGGGAGCUUCCUUAUCAUCUUUAACGGGUACAUCAUUUCCAUGGAAUUCCUAUGAUCAACCAUCCGAGAGAGAAGUACUCACACAGCCAUGGUUUUUCACAGAAGUGGAAACACAAAUGACGAAUCCACAUGCAGAAGAAGAAGGAGAAGGAUCUCGUGUUGGAUCGGCUUCUUUAGGUUCCAUUCCUCAUAUAGGUGUAUUCACACGAUCUUCUCCAUUUCCACCGCCACUGCCAAUGUCGGUAUUAACUCCAUGGCCCGUUAUUGGCUCAGAGAGAGAUCUUGCAUAUGAUUAUGAAGGGGCAGAUAGUCAUAUGGUAGAUUAUAUGCAGGAGCAGCAGGAUCAAGGAGAGGAGGUGGAACAGGAGAGUGGAGAACAGGUUCAACGUAUUUACCCUAAUGAAGAAGAAGACUAUGGAGAUGAUUACAGUGAAAAUGUGGAAGAGGAGGAUGAAGAAGAGGAAGGAGAAGGAGAAGGAGAAGGAGGAGGAGAUGAAGAUGAAGAAGAGGAACAUGAACAUCAUCAUCAUCACCAUGAUGAUGAUGAAGAAGAGGAUGUAUGUGUGGAACAAUUACAACAGGAGAAACAGGCGGCAUCUAAUGAGAGUAGUGCACCCCCGUUAGUUGUAUUGACUGCACAACGGGUAUAUGUUCUUCUUUCCGAUAUUGUGAUUAUUUGGGCUUUACAACGUGUAGCUGAAAUGGUUGCACAAUCAAAGGAACAGCAAAAGAGAGAAUCACACGUAUCAACUUCUCAUUCAUCUGGUGUCAAUAAUAAUAACAUUAAUAAUAAUAAUAAUAAUAAUAAUAAUAAUAAUAAUAAUAAUAAUAAUGGGGGUUUGACGGGUGGUAUAUUACCCUCUUCAGCGACAUUGCAGAAGGCAGUAGACUUUAUUCUUGCAUUACAAAGACAUCCACUGGUGCUUUGGCGGCUUGAAAUGGAACGUGGAUUUCAGAAUACACGACGAAAUAAUAACAAGAAGAAAGGAACAACAUCAUCAACAACAAAGGACGGCACUACUACUACUACUGCUACUAAUAAUAAUAAUAAUUACAAUACGACGAUGGACAAUAAAAGCAGUAAAGAAAAUGGUGAGAAAUCUCUUGAUGGUACGACAUCCUCACCACUUUUAAUAACCUUUUCUCAUGUUUUGGUGGCUUUAGGGUAUAUACCACUUCUUUGGGGUAAACAACAGAAUGAAGAGAAUGAGAAGAAGAAACGAAGAGUACAAGAACAGUUACUCUUUUGUAUUGCCCCAUUCCUUACUCUUUGGUCUAGUGCUCAGGAGAAAAAGAAUAGGGAAAACUUGAUAUCACUUGAUAUUCUUACUGAUGCAGAUAAUGAGGAAAAUAAUGGUGGAAUUUCACCCGCUCUUCCUGCAUAUACUUCCCCUUUUGUAUGGCAGGAAUGUGUACUUGCAGAUCUUCUUGAUCAAGUACAUAAGAUUCGUCAAUUAGAAUCACUUUUAUUAUCUGAGAACACAGAUGAAGUAGUGGAUGCUCCUGCCACAACUUUCACAAGAACAAGAGAUAAUACUACUACUAAUACUAAUACUAAUAUUAAUAGUAAUGGUACUAUUUCUACUACUACACGUCCAGAGAAUUUACUUGUUCGUCUUGUUUACCCGUUAAGUAAUUUUAUGUUACGUCAUCUUGAUGAUUAUUUUGACAAAAGUGUCAUUGGAAGAGUGGAUGAGGAAAACGUAAAUGUACCGUACCGUGUGCCAUCUGUUUCACCCGCCUUAAGAGGAAAUCCACUGCCUCCUCCUCCUAGUCUAUCUCAACAACAACAAUCACAAUCACAACAAUCACAACAGUCAUCUUCUGCCUAUGUUGACGAUGAUGGUUCGUUGCGUCACAGAAUGGAUAUAUUUCGAGGUUUACUUCCACAAAUGUCCUUUGGACGAGGUAUACCCCAAACUAUCAGAGUUAGACACUCCGGCAGAAGCAGCAAUAAUAAUAAUAAUAAUAAUAAUAAUAACAGUAAUAAUAAUAACAAUAAUAAUAAUAAUAAUAACACCAGUAACACUAGCAAUAGUAACAGUAACAAUAACACCAGCAACAAUAGUAACAACAACAAUAGUUCUCCAUCACGUCAUCUAAGUCAAAGUACGGCGAACAAUCGACGCAUGCAUGCAAUCAUGUUAGAACUUCCUCAUGCCAGCACCGUUCUCUCUGAGGAGGAUGAGCGGAGAAGCCAUGCGACCCCAUCUCUUCUUUGUCCACUAGAACAAUCUCACUAUUACGCGGCCAACCCGGCAUUAGGGACUACUUCAACUGUAGUCUGGCAACCUUUAUUUCAAAAAACAAUGUGCUACUGUCCAGUAACACGACGGCGUUGUAUUGAUGUGGCUCUAUGUAGUAUUCAAAAUGAAGUGAACCCAUCCUUCACAUCGCUCUUAUCACGAACCGAAAGUAGAAAGUUUGGUUUUAAUCCUCCCCAUUUGCUUAGUUGUGGACAUGUGAUUUCAUAUAAUGCGAUGCUUACAAUCUCUGAGAGGCCACACCGGCAGUCACGCGGGGGAUCACCGAAUGUUUGUUGUCCGUACUGCUCCUCCGAUACCCCGUUAAGUCGAGUGAUAUUGCUACGCUGCAUUUAUUAA